CAAAAGAUACUGCAGCCUCCAUAUGUAAUCUUGACAUUUGCCAGAAAACUGCAACAGAGUGUCAAAGACUGCUCAGCGAAAAUUUAGAACUGAAAUCCACGGUGGUGUAGUGGUUAGCGCUGUCACCUCACAGCAAGAAGGUCCGGGUUCGAGCCCCGUGGCCGGCGAGGGCCUUUCUGUGCGGAGUUUGCAUGUUCUCCCUGUGUCCGCGUGGGUUUCCUCCGGGUGCUCCGGUUUCCCCCACAGUCCAAAGACAUGUAGGUUAGGUUAACUGGUGACCCUAAAUUGAGCGUAGGUGUGAAUGUGAGUGUGAAUGGUUGUCUGUGUCUAUGUGUCAGCCCUGUGAUGACCUGGCGACUUGUCCAGGGUGUACCCCACCUUUCACCCGUAGUCAGCUGGGAUAGGCUCCAGCUUGCCUGCGACCCUGUAGAACAGGAUAAAGCGGCUACAGAUAAUGAGAUGAGACGAGAACAUGAGAAAAUAAUCCUGUUUCAACAACUGUCCUAAAUAGAAAGGAAGUAUUGUACAGCCUUUGUGUUGGUAUAAUAGAUAGAUAGAUAGAUAGAUAGAUAGAUAGAUAGAUAGAUAGAUAGAAAGGAAAGAAGAAAUAUAUGAAAGAGAAACAUACACCGUGUAAGAGAAAAACUGAAAUAAUCUCCACUGAAAUAAUUAUAGUAGUAAAAAAAAAGCCAUUCAAAAAAUGAUCAGACUGAACUGGAAAAAGAAAAAAACAAUAAGUGAAAGGAAGCGCUAUAAAGAUAUGUAAGGAAUGUGGGUAAAGGUGAGAAAAUAAGAGGAGGGGAAGUCAGGAGAUACUUUUCUUGGGGCAAAUUUGAUCAGAUACGGCGGUUUAAUACAAGCCAAAUACAUGCGAUGGGAGUGGUAAGAUGGCGGCCAGACGGCUUCACUCUGACGAGCCUGCUCGCUCUCCAUAUUUUAUACAGCGCUCAGUGCCCAAACCCCCCUGACCACGUCAUCGCUUGUUUACCGUAAUGUAUUAUGGGCGAUAUCCGGGGUCAGCUUCGCCAUAUUCUUUACUUUCGCCUUUGUUAAACGCUGCGUAGUUCUGUGUAACCGGUUUUAAGCAUGCCUAAAGUGAACUGCUGUGUGCCUUAUUGUGUCUCCACAACAAAGAGAACUCCUAAUUUGAGCUUUUAUCAGCUGCCAGUCGAGGAGAACAGAAGAAAGAAAUGGAUAAGUUUAAUCCGCAAUGAAAACCUCCGAACUGAAUCGAAAUGGACGAGUGUUUGUAGCUUACAUUUCUCUGGUGGGAAAAAGACGUACUUAAACCGUGACCCAGCGAUAUUUCCAUGGUCUGCGGAAUGGCCUUCGGUUAUAGAAGAUUAUAACAAUCGACACUGUUCAUCAUCUGAAACCAGCGACAUUCCAAAGCCUGGAAAACACAGAAGUGUUAUUCGGCCUUUACCUCUCAACAUACCCAAGCACUCGGGAGCUGAACGAGGCUGUCGGAGCGAGGAAACUCCCAAACCACGGAAGGUUUUCAUUCCGACUUUUGAAGCAGCAGCUACCUUGCAGAGGGACGAUGUGGAGAAACGGUUACAGACUUCAGUGCAUUUCCAUGAUUACUUUCAGCGUCCGGAAGAGGAAACCAACAGCACUGGCAUCGGUGUCGUAUCAGAGACCAAUCAAGAGAUGCAGAUAAAUUUCACUUGUGCAGAGCACACAGAUGUUCGCUGUCCCAGUGAAGCUGGAAAGCAGGAUACAGGGAAGAAAAGUAAUCACCCCCUGUCACCUGAUUAUGGGCCGAGCAUUUUCACACACAAAAAGUCGUCUGCAAAACAAAAAAACACAAAAGCAUUGCAGAAGUCUGAAAAGCGACAAAACCUGAAGAAAAGGAAACGUGGAAGUAGAAAACAAGUUACAGCAGAAUGUGCAGUGCUUGGCCUUCGAGACACUGAUGUAACCACUCCUUCUGAAUGCUCCACGGAUUCCACUGAAUCAUCUCCUGAAGUUGCAGAUCUCAAAGAUGAAGGAAGUGCAGAAACUUUAGAUGAAAAUGAAGCAUUGCCUUUUGAGCUUGAAUGCAGAAUCCUGAGGAAGGAAAAUCGUACUUUGAAGGAACAACUGAAAAAAUACUCUCUCUGUCCGGAGUCUUUUUCAGAGGACAAUGGCAAAGUGGAACAAUUUACAGGUCUUCCAACAUAUGGGAUUAUGAUAGUGACGUUCCAGUUUAUACGGCCUUAUUUAAAUUUAAACAGGAAGUUUUCACCUUUCCGGCAGUUCCUGCUGACAUGUAUGCAUCUUCGACUGAACUUAAACUUACAGUUUUUAGCCUUCUUAUUUUCCGUUUCUUUAGAAACUGCAUCCAGAGUAUUUAGUAACACGUGUGAUGUUAUGUUCUGUCGCCUCGUUCCGGCGCUGGUGAUCUGGCCAGAUAGGGAACAUUUACGGCAAAGUCUGCCAGUUUCAUUUCAACAAAACUUUGAGAAAUGUUGCUGUAUAAUUGACUGUUUUGAAAUAUUUCAGGAAACACCGAGAGAAACCUGUUCGCAGAAUAAAAGCCACAACUCUUCAAAAUAUCUGAUAGGUAUUGCCCCACAAGGCGCGGUUUGUUUCGUUUCUCAGGGGUGGUAUGGUCACUGCAGCGACAAACACGUAACAGAACAUUGCGGAUUUCUGGAUGAACUUUUGCCAGGGGAUCUGAUCCUAGCAGACAGAGGGUUUGAUGGAGGUGACGCUGCUGGAUUGCCUUCUGCAAAUGUAAACAUUUCUGCGUUUACUCGGGGAACGUCCCAAAUGAGCGCGUUGGAUGUGGAGGGCACAAGGGCGCUUGCGUCAGCCAGAAUCCAUGUUGAGAGGGUUAUUGGAAUGGUUCGUCAGAAAUACACAAUACUGAGCAAUACUGUGCCCAUAUCUCUUGUACAUUCAAAAGAUAAUGGAAUAACAUCUUUGGACAAAAUCGUACAUGUCUGCUGUGCAUUGAUGAACCUAUCUGACCCCAUGAUUCUUUUUGAGUGAAAAAAAUGACAAAAUUCACUUAUUUGAAACCCCCAUUUUAUGGAUUACAUGAUGUCUGAACAGCUACUUUUUUUUUUUAUUUGUGUAAUACUUAUGACAAAGACGGCUUAAAAUUCUUUUAACAAUUUUAGAUGUGUGAUAUUUAUAAUAUCACAGUUAAUGUACAUAUUUGAGAAGGAUUUGAUGGAAAUUUUUACCAUACUGCAAAUGACAAUUCAGUGUAAUUUGUCAAUAUUAUACAGUGACAAAGUUUAUAAACAUUGCUGUAUGCUUUAUAGUUUGAAUUAUAAUUUUGACGUGGAAUUCUUUGCAAAAACUGCCAAAUUAUUGAAUUGCUGCAGAUUUGAAUGUAAUUGUAACAGG